AUGGGUUCAGAGAAAAUUAGCAAUGAGGUGAAGAAGCAAGUAAAUGGGUCAUCAAUACGCUCCAUUUUGAUGCAUGCAGAUAGGAUGGAUAUGGGGCUCAUGAUUCUCGGGUUCAUAGGAUCCGUUUCUGGCGGGUUCUCUGCUCGGAUGGCGUUGUUUGUUUUUGCCAAUCUUGUAAACAAUAUUGGCAGCGCUUCUACUCUGGAUGCCCAUACUCUGCAUCAUAAUGUUAACAAGAAUGCGUUAGCUUUGUUUUACAUCGCUUGUGGGUUAUGGUUUGCUUGUUUUCUAGAAGGGUAUUGUUGGACAAGAACAGGGGAGAGACAAGCUGCAAGAAUAAGAGUCAUGUAUCUGAAAGCAGUACUACGACAAGACGUUGGCUAUUUUGAUUUGAAUGAAUCAACGACAUCUGAAGUUAUUACCACAAUUUCAAACGACAGCCUCAUUAUUCAAGAUGCUCUCAGUGAAAAGGUCCCAGACACGUUGAGAAGAGUGUCCAGGUUUGUAGGAUGUUAUACGGCAUCGUUUAUAAUGCUUUGGAAUUUGACGUUGGUGGCUAUCCCUUUGGCGUUGCUUCUGGUGAUUACUGUUUGGUUGUGUGGAAGAACUUUAAUGCAUUUAUCAGCAAAAAUCAGGAGGGAAUACAUUAGAGCUGGGAUGUUAGCAGAGCAGGCUAUGUCCUCCGUCAGAACGGUUUAUGCUUUUGGUGGUGAGAAAAAAACAGUAGAAGAAUUCUCUGCCGCUCUACAUGGGACUACGAAGUUGGGGUUAAAGACGGGUUUGGUCAAAGGCUUGGCCAUUGGAUGCAAAGGCAGUGUUUUUGCAAUUUGGUCAGCCAUGGCUUACUAUGGUAGCAGAUUGGUCAUGUAUCAUGGUGCUCGAGGAGGGACUGUUUUUGCAGUAGGUUCAUCGGUUGUCAAUGGUGCAAUGGAAUUAGGUGCUUGUUUAUCCAAUCUAAAGGACUUAGCCGAAGCUUGUUCUGCCGGAAAACGUAUAAAUGAGAUGAUAAAACGAGUCCCCAAGAUUGAUUCAGACAACUUGGAAGGCCAAAUUUUGGACAAUGUUUCUGGUGUAGUAGAAUUUAAACAUGUAAAAUUUGCUUAUCCAUCGAGACCAGAGAGUAUCGUCUAUGAAGAUUUAUGCUUAACUAUCCCAGCAGGAAAAACGGUUGCUCUAGUGGGUUCUAGUGGCUCUGGAAAAUCAACAAUGAUGUCUCUACUUCAAAGGUUUUACGACCCGAUUGAGGGAGAGAUUCUUCUAGAUGGGUUUGCCAUUGAUAAGCUGCAACUUAAGUGGCUACGGUCCCAAAUUGCGCUAGUGAGCCAAGAGCCUUCAUUGUUUUCAACCACCAUUGAGGAAAAUAUACUUGUUGGGAAGGAAGACGCUUCCAUGGAGGAUGUUGUCGAGGCCGCCAAAGCUUGCAAUGCUCAUCAUUUCAUCUGUGACUUGCCUCAAGGGUAUGAUUCUCAGGUAGGUGAGAGAGGUAUUCAAUUGUCAGGAGGACAAAAGCAAAGAAUAGCACUUGCUCGUGCAAUUAUACGAAAACCUCGCAUUCUUCUUCUAGACGAGGCCACAAGCGCGCUAGACUAUGAAUCAGAAAGAGUUGUUCAAGAAGCCAUAGACAAGGAGGUUGUCGGACGAACCACAAUGGUAAUUGCUCACCGCUUGUCCACCAUAAAAGAUGUCGAUAUUAUUGCUGUCAUUAAAGAUGGUCAAGUGGUGGAAACUGGACCACACUAUGAACUAGUACAGAACCCAAAUGGCUUUUACAAUUCGCUUGUCCAUCUCCAACGAAUGGAGAAUAAGAAAGUCCAAGAAGAAUGUAAUUCUACUGCUUUAUCCUCAACAACAAAUGCAGAAUUUUACAAGUAUUCAAGGAGUUGUAACCUCUCUAAUGGGGAUCAAUCAAGCCAUGCCAACUGUUCACUACUUAAUCAGCCACCCCAUAGAGUUGAUGAAUUAGAAGAACCAAAGAUUGCCACACCAUCGUUUUGGAGACUGUUGGAUUUGAAUAAGCCUGAAUGGAAGCAAGCAACAAUGGGGUGUUUGAGUUCAAUCCUUUUUGGUGCAGUUCAGCCUGUGUAUUCGUUUGCCAUGGGAGCCAUGCUAUCUGUGUAUUUCUUGAAAGAUCACCAUGAGAUUAAGAAGCAGACGAGGAUAUAUGCAUUAUGGUUUCUUGGACUGUCUAUAUUUUCACUUAUGGUCAACAUAAGCCAACAUUUUAAUUUUGCAUACAUGGGUGAGUACUUAACUAAACGAGUUAGAGAAAGGAUUCUUUCAAAGAUACUCACUUUUGAAGUUGGAUGGUUUGAUAAAGAUGAGAACUCAAGCGGUAUAGUUUGCUCAAGAAUAGCCAAAGAUGCCAAUAUGGUGAGAUCCUUAGUGGGUGAUAGGAUGUCUCUUCUUCUACAAAGCUUUGCUGCAGUAACCAUAGCAUGGACAAUGGGCUUGGUCAUAGCAUGGAGGCUUGCCAUCAUAACAAUAGCCACCCAACCUGUGGUCAUUGUAUGCUUCUACACUAGGAGUGUUCUACUUAAAACCAUGUCUAAGAAAUCCAUCAAAGCCCAAGAAGAAAGCUGCAAACUUGCUAACGAAGCAGUUUCCAAUCUCAGAACCAUUACUGCCUUCUCUUCCCAAGAUCGAAUAUUGAAAAUGCUCGAAGAGGCACAAGAAGGCCCACGCAAAGAGAGCAUUCGACAAUCUUGGUAUGCAGGGCUUGGACUUGCCUUUGCUCAAAGCAUUACUACUUGCACUUAUAGCCUAAACUAUUGGUAUGGUGGUAAGCUUGUCUCCCAAGGCUACAUCACAGCAAGACAAGUGUUCCAGACCAUUUUGAUCUUGGUAACCACAGGGCGUGUCAUAGCAGAUGCUGGAAGUAUGACCACUGACCUUGCUAGAGGCUCUGGGUCUGUUAGUUCAAUAUUUACUGUAUUGGACAGAGACACAAAAAUUGAGCCUCAAAACCUUGAAGGUAAUCAACCUAAAGAUAUAAAAGGGAAUGUCGAAUUCCAAGAUGUGUACUUUGCAUACCCAUCUAGGCCAAAUUUUAUGGUGUUCCAAGGCUUCUCAAUCAACAUAGAAGCUGGAAAAUCUACAGCCCUAGUAGGACGAAGUGGGUCUGGAAAAUCAUCAAUCAUUGGUUUAAUUGAGAGAUUUUAUGACCCAUUAACAGGUAUAGUGAAAAUUGAUGGUCAAGACAUAAAGUCCUACCAUUUGAGGUCAUUGAGAAAACACAUUGCACUUGUUAGUCAAGAGCCAACAUUAUUUGCAGCAACAAUUAGAGAAAACAUAGCGUAUGGAGCAUCAGGAGAGAUUAGUGAAACAGAGAUCAUAGAGGCCGCUAAGGUGGCCAAUGCUCAUGAAUUUAUUGCAGGGCUUAAAGAUGGCUAUGAAACUUGGUGUGGUGACAAAGGAAUACUACUAUCUGGGGGCCAAAAGCAGCGCAUUGCAAUAGCUCGGGCUAUAGUAAGAAACCCAAGAGUGCUACUAUUAGACGAGGCAACAAGUGCGCUUGAUAGUCAGUCAGAAGAAAUUCUGCAACAUGCUUUGGAGUGUAUGAUGGUAAGCAGAACUAGCGUGGUUGUGGCUCAUAGAUUGAGUACCAUACAGGGAUGCAAUUUGAUUGUUGUUUUGGAUAAAGGAAAGGUCGUAGAACAAGGAACCCAUCCUUCUCUAAUGGCUAGAGGUUCUUAUGGAGCAUACUACUCUCUAUUAACUGUGCAAAAGUCCAAAAGAUCCCUACAUGGUUAAAUUAAAAUUAUCACAUCGAAUAAACCGGUUUUGUGUAAUCUGGAAAUGAUAUUGU